ACUGCUGGUUGCACCGUGAAGCGCUUAGAAACAAUUUUAGGGCAGUUAGAGAGAAAACCAACUGGAAUUUAUCACCUCUUGCAUAACAUUAGACACAGUCAACACGUAAGGUCAGCGCGCCCCGCUGAGGGGGGACAGGACCGUGGGGACCGAAGCUGUCAGUAAUCUGCCGCUUGUGUAAAGUAUUUGGACUGACCACAACAACAGGGACCAGACUCUCCUGUCCCUCAAAGUAGGACCUGCAACUUCAGACUCACCUCAGGUGCAAAUUAACUUUGAAAACUUCUGCACGUGUCAUUCCAUUUUGGAUUCCCGGGACUUUUUGGCACACCUUUACGCACGCCUGCGCUGCGCACUGUGACUGUCACACACUGUCUGAUCUGAUUGUGUGAGAAACUUUUAAUCCGGGCCAUGCUGCAGUGACUUCAGCACACAGCCUGGGACUUCAUGAUCAAGUUGUAAACAGCAGCAGGCGAAGAAGGAUGCUUGGAAAAUAUUUAUAACACAGCGAGCGGAGGAGACGAAGUCUGUUCUUGUUACUUGAUCGAGCAGAACCGAGGACAGUAAAUCACAGGGAGGCAAGUGGGCUGCAGAGGUGAAGCGAGGACAAGACAGGUUGGUGUCUCCAAAUUCACCGGGCUCCUGUUUCAGCCGCCCCGGGGGCUCCUGGUAUUAAAGCGUGCAUUUGACCUGGGAUAAGUUGUCAACAAGAGCAGCGAGCGGAGGCAAACUGGCAGGUGUACAAGUUCAUUUACAUGCAUACGUAUAUUCACGCCACUAUAUAUAGAAGUUGUCUUAGGGGCGAGCAGCCUUAAUAAGUUUCUCCACCCACCCGCCGGCCCUGCAGCAGCUCUGUGCACCGGGCGUGUGCGCGUGUCUAUAUAUACACCAUACAGGCUCUUCGCAAUCUGUAUCCGAGAGGGCUGCCCGCCGUCGGUUUGGCUGUGAGGACAGGAGUCGUCGCAUGGACUGACAUGGCCACCGACCUCGCCAUGAGCGCAGAGCUGCCAAACAGCCCUCUGGCAAUCGAGUACGUCAACGACUUUGACCUUAUGAAGUUUGAGGUGAAGAAGGAGCCACCGGAGGCCGACCGCUACUGCCACCGCCUCCCGUCGGGCUCUCUGUCCUCCACCCCGAUCAGCACACCCUGCUCCUCCGUGCCUUCCUCGCCGAGCUUCUGCGCUCCGAGUCCGGGCGCGCAGCCCAACCAGAGCCUCACCAGCGGGGUCAACAGCAGCGGCAGCAGCAACAACAGCAGCGGCAACAACAAUCACAGCAACGCGGGCAAGCCUCAGCUGGAGGACCUGUACUGGAUCCCCAGUUACCAGCACCACAUCAACCCCGAGGCGCUCAACCUGACCCCGGAGGACGCGGUGGAGGCCCUCAUCGGUAACGCGCACCACCAUCACCACCACCACCAGGCCUACGAGGGCUUCCGCGGGCAGCAGUACGUCGGGGAGGACCUGUCCGCGGCCUCGGCGGCGCACCAUCACCAGGGCCAUCACCACCACCAUCACCACCACCACGGCCACCACGCCCGCCUGGAAGACCGCUUCUCGGACGAGCAGCUGGUCAGCAUGACGGUGCGGGAGCUGAACCGGCAGCUGCGGGGCUUCAGCAAGGAGGAGGUGAUCCGCCUGAAGCAGAAGAGACGCACCCUAAAGAACCGGGGCUACGCGCAGUCCUGCCGCUUCAAACGCGUCCAACAGAGGCACAUGCUGGAGACCGAGAAGUGCACCCUGCAGACCCAAGUGGAGCAGCUGAAGCAGGACGUGGUGCGCCUUGCCAAGGAGAGGGAUCUUUACAAGGAGAAGUAUGAGAAGCUGGCCAGCCGGACCUACUCUGCCGGUGGACCCGCGAACACGAGAGAUCCGUCCGGGAAACAGGCCAACAACGAGUUCUUCAUGUGAGAGACUGAUGAUUUGUAGCAUAGACUCUGAAUUACAACCCCACCUUAACACCCUUGUUACAUUAAUUUAUAUUUUUCUGCGUUUGUAUUUUGUUUACAGUUAUUCCCUCGAGAAAGACUUAAAAACAAAUACGUACUAGCCGCGCACAAACGUAAUCCGUGUGUGCAUUUUGAGUCUUAACGAUGUUUUGGCAAAACUUCUGUACGCUCACUACAACCUGUCAGGUGAGCACAUGGGAUCACUUAGCGUGUAGACUUUUCUCUGGUGCAACAGAACUGGUCAGAUGUCUUAUUGAACCAAUCACACCACAUAUAACAUGACUGUCUUAAUAAUUCAGAGUGAGGGAUGUUUUUUUUUUUUCUUUUUUUGUGUUUUGUCUUAAAACUGGGGGAAAGAAUGUUUUUUAAAAGAGACAGAUUGGACUGAAAUAGAAGCAGAAAAAGCAAUACACCGCCUCUCCUCUGGCUCCAGAAAACUCAACAGACUGUUUGUGUGAAAGCGAGGCGGUCUGUGAUGCAGAGAAGAGACCUUUCAAUAUUGCAAGUCUAUAGUUUCCCAUCCCUAUUUGCAACCCUGCAUGCAGGACAUGUAUGGUAACCUCCAGUCAUCUCCCAGAAUCCUUCCACAUGUAUGGAAAGCAUGGCCCAUGGUUCUCUCCUCCUCUAACGCUUCUCCUCUUCCUCCUCCUCCCUUCUCCUCUGCCAUCAGUAAGGCCUGGGUAUGCAAAAAGCCACACAAAUGUUCCCCCCCAUGACCCCCCGAGAGGUGCAAGGACUGCGGACAAAAAUGCAAAACAAUCUGCUACUGCGUAAAAAUGGAUGCGUCUUUAACUGCUAUUUUCAAUCAAUUUUUCUAUUGUUUUAAAAAAGAAAAGAAAAACGACAAAAAGAGAUUAACUGAGCCAGAUUUUAGACUGUAUUUAUUUCCACCUGUACAUAAUGUGUAGAGAAAAAAAAACAGUUAACUGUGUUAUUUUACCUUUUUCUCUUUUUAAAGAAAACUGCUUUUGUUGCUUGGAUUAUUCGAAAUGUCUUAAUACAAAUGUUUGUAUGUUACAGCAUGCAAAUCGUCUAUGGUAUCCUCCUCCUCCUGAACAUGUGUAAUGUCAAAGGCAAGCCUAUACUGCACUAAGAAGAGAUCAAACUGGACAAACGUUUUGUUUUCUACCGAUAGGACCUUUGAUCUGUUACUCUCUAAAAACCUGGAUGUAAAUUUGAUGAGGUGAAAGCUUCAUUUAUUAGAUGGACAAGGACUGCAUUCGCUGCUAAAACUCUAUGCACCAACCUGAUGAUUAAAAAGACUUAGUUUCAUGGUU